AUGGACAAGUCAUGGGUUUGGCUUCCAAGGGCAACCACUGAGUAUGAGGAAGGUGCACGUGGUUUUGUGUAUGCAUCAGCAAAGAGAUUGGGUAAUCCUCUGCAGAUGUUAUGUCCUUGUAUCGACUGUCGGAAUGUGUGUCAUCAAACUGCUGGCACAAUACUGGAUCAUUUGGUAAUUAAGGGAAUGGAUCAGAAGUACAAGAGAAAUGCGUGUUGGAGUAUCCAUGGAGAGAGGAGGUCUGAGAAAACAGUUGACGAUCAACAUGCUGAGUUAGAAACAUACGAGUUGUUUAGAUCUGCCUGCUUUGAAAAUGGUUCAGAAUCCUCGAAUAAGGAUGGAGAACAGCCUGAAGUUGUUGGGAGUCAAGAAGAACUUGAGUUUAAGAAGAAAUUAGAGGAUGCAGAAACUCCUCUAUACUCGGAGUGCCCAAACUACACCAAAGUUGCAGCAAUUAUGGGUCUCUACCGCAUCAAAGUGAAGAGUUCGAUUUCAGAGAAUUACUUUGAUCAGCUUUUAAGUAUGGUUCAUGACAUGCUUCCCAAGGGUAUUGUGCUUCCAACAUCAACAUCUGAGAUAAAGAAGUUCUUGAAGAUAUUCGGUUUUGGAUAUGAUAUCAUCCAUGCGUGUAAGAAUGACUGCAUUCUUUACCGGAAACAGUACGAGGUGAUGAGUAGCUGUCCAAGGUGUGGGGCUUCAAGAUGGGAAGUUGAUAAGCAUUCUGGUGAGACAAAGAAUGGGAUUCCAGCAAAGGUACUCAGGUAUUUCCCUAUAAAAGAAAGAUUCAAGAGGAUGUUUAGAUCGGAGACAAUGUCUAAGGAUUUGCAAUGGCAUUUCAGUAAUUCUUCUGAAGAUGGAACAAUGAGACACCCGGUUGACUCAUUGACGUGGGCUCAGGUCAAUGCUAGAUGGCCUCUUUUUGCAGCUGAACCGAGAAACCUACGACUUGGUAUAUCUACAGAUGGGAUGAACCCGUUUUCUAUCCAGAAUACAAAGCACAGCACAUGGCCAGUUAUGUUGGUGAACUACAAUAUGCCUUCGACGAUGUGCAUGAAGUCAGAGAACAUAAUGCUAACCCUUCUGAUACCUGGUCCAACUCCCCCAAGUAACAACAUCGAUGUUUAUCUUGCUCCUCUGAUUGAUGAUCUGAAUGAUUUGUGGAAUGAAGGUAUCAAGAUAUAUGACUCAUUAUCCAAGGAGAAUUUUACACUGAAGGCUAUACUAUUGUGGAGUAUCAGCGACUAUCCAGGUUUGGGGACCUUGUCUGGUUGUAAAGUGAAAGGGAAACAAGGAUGUAAUGUAUGUGGGAAGGAUUCACCUUCUAAGUGGUUGAAGUUUAGUCGGAAGUACGUCUAUUUGGGAAAUAGGAAACGACUUAGGCCUGGUCAUCCUUACCGACGACGAAGGGUUUGGUUUGACAACACUACAGAGGAAGGGACGGCUAAUAGAAUUCAGACAGGAGCUGAAAUAUUUGAGCUGCUUAAGGAUUAUAAGAAUGAAUUUGGGAAACCUUUGGAGAAGAAAAGCAAAAGGAAAAGAUCAGGUUUGUGUGAUGGUGAGGAGCUUAGACAUGAAGAAUAUGAAGAAGACUCUGACCAAUGGAGGUGGAAGAAACGUUCUAUUCUAUUUGAUUUACCCUACUGGAAGGAUAUGCCGGUGCGUCACAACAUCGACGUAAUGCAUGUGGAGAAGAAUGUCUCUGAUGCUAUUCUAUCCCUUUUGAUGCACAAUACUAAGUCAAAAGAUGGUGUCAAAGCACGACAAGAUUUGGAGGACAUAGGGAUUCGACGUAACUUACACACUCAGCAACGUGGGAAGAAAAUGUACUUACCUCCUGCUGCUUAUUGGCUGAGCAAGGAAGAGAAGAAGAGAUUCUGUAAGAGAUUAUCAGAAUUCAGAGGACCAGAUGGCUACUGUGCGAACAUUGCAAAUUGUGUCUCACUUGAUCCUCCUCUGAUUGGUGGUCUGAAGUCUCAUGAUCAUCACGUUCUUCUGCAGAACUUGUUACCAGUAGCUUUGAGAGGGUUGCUGCCAAAAGGACCUAGGACUGCAGUUAGUAGAUUAUGCAACUUCUUUAGUAGAUUAUGUCAGCGUGUAAUUGACCCAGAGAAGCUAAUAACACUGGAGUCUGAGCUUGUGGAGACGAUGUGCCAAAUGGAGAGGUUUUUUCCUCCAUCUCUUUUCGAUAUAAUGUUCCAUCUCCCAAUCCAUCUAGCUAGAGAAGCACGUUUGGGUGGCCCGGUACACUUUAGAUGGAUGUAUCCAUUUGAAAGGUACAUGAAAACACUUAAAUCGUUUGUUAAGAACUUCGCUAGGCCAGAAGCAUGUAUGGCAGAGGGUUAUAUGGCAGCUGAAUGUAUUGCUUUUUGCUUGGAGUUUCUAAAAACAUCUGUACCAGUUCUAGAGUCUGCAAAUCGUAAUGAAGAUGUUGAUUUGGAUGAGCAUAUACUUGAAGGGCGUCAAAUUCAUAAGGCUACAGAAGUUACACUAUCUGAUAAAGAGCUUGACAUUGCUCACAGAUAUGUGUUAAUGAACACGGGUGUUGUGAAUCCAUAUGUUGAGUAA